GUCAUAGCGCUGCGUCACAUCCGGCGGCGCACCCGGAAGUGGCGUGGGGCCGUUGCCAUGGGGCGGCCCGGGAGGAGCAGAGCUGGGAUGGCUCAGGGCAGCCCGGACACUCCCGGCCCCUCCGAGGUCACCAGCUGAGGCUCCAGCAGCUCCCUCUGCUGCCCCCAUCCCAAAAUGGGCAGGAUCAGCAUCUCCUGCCUGCUCCCAGCCUCGUGGCACUUCAGCCUGUCCCCUGUGGGGUGUCCCCGUGUCCUCAACACCUCCCUGAGGCAGCUGCUGCUGCUGGGGGCUGCGGCUGCAGCUGGGGCUCUGCUGCUCUGCUCCCUGCUGCUGCUGAGGGGCAAGUACAGCUGGGCUGGGGACAGGAGACUGCACAGAUACCUGGCCAGGGUGACAGACACAGAAGCCACGGACACGAGGAACCCGAACCUGAACUACGGGAUCGUGGUGGAUUGUGGCAGCAGCGGCUCCAGGGUGUUUGUGUACUGCUGGCCCCGGCACAAUGGCAACCCCAAGGACCUGCUGGACAUCCAGCAGAUGAGGGACAGCAACAGGAAACCCGUGGUGAUGAAAAUCAAGCCAGGGAUUUCAGAGUUUGCCAGCUCUCCUGACAAGGUCAGUGAUUACAUCUCGCCCCUGCUGAGCUUCGCUGCCGAGCACGUGCCGCGCUCCAAGCACAAGGAGACCCCUCUGUACAUCCUGUGCACAGCAGGCAUGAGGAUCCUGCCUGAGAGCCAGCAGAAAGCCAUCCUGGAGGAUUUGCUCACAGACAUCCCCGUGCACUUUGAUUUCCUCUUCUCUGAUUCCCAUGCUGAGGUGAUUUCUGGGAAACAGGAAGGAGUCUAUGCAUGGAUUGGGAUCAACUUUGUCCUUGGAAGAUUUGAGCACACAGAUGAUGAGGGUGAGGCCGUGGUGGAGGUGCCGGGGAAGGAGCCCCACGAGCCGGUGUUCCGGAAGCGCACCGUGGGCAUCCUGGACAUGGGCGGCGUCUCCACGCAGAUCGCCUACGAGGUGCCCCAAAGUGAGGAGGUGGCCAAGAACCUGCUGGCAGAGUUCAACCUGGGCUGUGACACGCACCAGACGGAGCACGUGUACCGCGUCUACGUGGCCACCUUCCUGGGCUUCGGCGGCAACGCCGCGCGCGGCCGCUACGAGCAGAGCCUGGCCCGCCGCCUGCUGAGCCACAGGCCGCAGGGCUCCCGGGCCGGGCUCAGCCCGCAGUCCCCUCUGGCAGACCCGUGCCUGCCGCGGGAGGCGCGGCAGGAGCUGCGGCAGGCGGGGCGGACGCUGCACCUGCGCGGCACCGGCCACUUCCAGCAGUGCCGGCAGCUGCUGCAGCCGCUGCUCAACAGGACCAACGACAGCCAGAGCUCCCUCAACGGCGUCUUCCAGCCCCCCCUGCACUUCCAGAGCAGCGAGUUCUACGGCUUCUCCGAGUUCUACUACUGCACCGAGGAUGUGCUGAGGAUGGGCGGGGACUACAGCGCUGCCAAGUUCACCAAAGCUGCGCAGGAUUACUGUGCCACCCGCUGGUCCGUGCUGCGCGAGCGCUUCGAGCGCGGCCUCUACGCCCCCCACGCCGACCUGCACCGCCUCAAGUUCCAGUGCUUUAAAUCCGCCUGGAUGUUCGAGGUUUUCCACAGGGGCUUUUCCUUCCCCGAGAGCUACGGCAGCCUGAAGACAGCCCUGCAGGUCUAUGACAAGGAGGUGCAGUGGACCCUGGGGGCCAUCCUGUACAGGACCCGCUUCCUGCCCCUCAGGGACAUCCAGCAGGAGAAUUUCCGUGGGAUUCACUCCCACUGGAGGAGUUUCUCCUUUGUGUACAACCACUACCUGUUCCUGGCCUGUUUCCUGGUGGUGCUGCUCUCCAUCCUGCUCUACCUGCUGCGCCUGCGCCGCAUCCACCACAGCUCCUCCUCCCCUCCUGCCCCCCAGAAACUGCCUGGAAACCUCUGAGAUUCAAGGAGAAAAUCCCUGGAAAUCUCUGAGAUUCAAGGAGAAAAUCCCUGGAAAUCUCUGAGAUUCCAACAGGAAAUCCUGGGAAAUAUCUGAGAUUUAUCCCCAGAAAAUCCUGGGAAAUAUCUGAGAUUUAUCCCCAGAAAAUCCUGGGAAAUAUCUGAGAUUCAGAGAGAAAAUCCCAGGAAACCUCUGAGAUUCAAAGAGAAAAUCCCUGGAAAUCUCUGAGAUUCAAAGAGAAAAUCCCUGGAAAUCUCUGAGAUUCCAACAGGAAAUCCUGGGAAAUAUCUGAGAUUUAUCCCCAGAAAAUCCUGGGAAAUAUCUGAGAUUCCAAGAGGAAAUCCCAAAAUCUCUCUGAGAUUCAAAGAGAAAAUCUCUGGAAAUAUCUGAGAUUUAUCCACGGAAAAUCCUGGGAAAUAUCUGAGAUUCAGAGAGAAAAUCCCAGGAAACCUCUGAGAUUCAAUGAGAAAAUCCCUGGAAAUCUCUGAGAUUCCAACAGGAAAUCCUGGGAAAUAUCUGAGAUUUAUCCCCAGAAAAUCCUGGGAAAUCUCUGAGAUUCCAAGAGGAAAUCCCAAAAUCUCUCUGAGAUUCAAAGAGAAAAUCUCUGGAAAUCUCUGAGAUUAAAAUAGGAAAUCCUGGGAAAUAUCUGAGAUCUUAUCCAUAGAAAGUCCUGGGAAAUCUCUGAGAUUUAUCCACGGAAAUUCCUGGGAAAUCUCUGAGAUUUAUCCACAGAAAAUCCUGGGAAAUAUCUGAGAUUUUAUCCAUAGAAAAUCCCUGGAAAUCUCUGAGAUUCAUCCACAGAAAAUCCCUGGAAAUCUCUGAGAUUGAAACAGGAAAUCCUGGGAAAUAUCUGAGAUUUAUCCCCAGAAAAUCCUGGGAAAUCUCUGAGAUUCAAACAGGAAAUCCCAAAAUCUCUCUGAGAUUCAAAGAGAAAAUCCCUGGAAAUCUCUGAGAUUAAAAUAGGAAAUCCUGGGAAAUCUCUGAGAUUCAUCCACAGAAAAUCCCUGGAAAUCUCUGAGAUUCAAACAGGAAAUCCUGGGAAAUAUCUGAGAUUUAUCCCCAGAAAAUCCUGGGAAAUAUCUGAGAUUCCAAGAGGAAAUCCCAAAAUCUCUCUGAGAUUCAAAGAGAAAAUCUCUGGAAAUAUCUGAGAUUUAUCCACGGAAAAUCCUGGGAAAUCUCUGAGAUUCAAUGAGAAAAUCCCUGGGAAUCUCUGAGAUUCCAACAGGAAAUCCCAAAAUCUCUCUGAGAUUCAAUGAGAAAAUCCCUGGAAAUCUCUGAGAUUAAAAUAGGAAAUCCUGGGAAAUCUCUGAGAUUCAUCCACAGAAAAUCCUGGGAAAUCUCUGAGAUUCAAACAGGAAAUCCUGGGAAAUAUCUGAGAUUUAUCCCCAGAAAAUCCUGGGAAAUAUCUGAGAUUCCAAGAGGAAAUCCCAAAAUCUCUCUGAGAUUCAAAGAGAAAAUCUCUGGAAAUAUCUGAGAUUCCAACAGGAAAUCCUGGGAAAUAUCUGAGAUUUAUCCCCAGAAAAUCCUGGGAAAUCUCUGAGAUUCCAACAGGAAAUCCUGGGAAAUAUCUGAGAUUUAUCCCCAGAAAAUCCUGGGAAAUCUCUGAGAUUCAAACAGGAAAUCCCAAAAUCUCUCUGAGAUUCAAAGAGAAAAUCUCUGGAAAUCUCUGAGAUUCAAAGAGAAAAUCCCUGGAAAUCUCUGAGAUUCAAAGAGAAAAUCCCUGGAAAUCUCUGAGAUUCAAACAGGAAAUCCUGGGAAAUCUCUGAGAUUCAAACAGGAAAUCCCAAAAUCUCUCUGAGAUUCAAAGAGAAAAUCUCUGGAAAUCUCUGAGAUUAAAAUAGGAAAUCCUGGGAAAUAUCUGAGAUCUUAUCCAUAGAAAAUCCUGGGAAAUAUCUGAGAUUUAUCCCCAGAAAAUCCCUGGAAAUCUCUGAGAUUCAAACAGGAAAUCCUGGGAAAUCUCUGAGAUUUUAUCCAUAGAAAAUCCCUGGAAAUCUCUGAGAUUCAAACAGGAAAUCCUGGGAAAUCUCUGAGAUUUAUCCCCAGAAAAUCCUGGGAAAUCUCUGAGAUUCAAACAGGAAAUCCCAAAAUCUCUCUGAGAUUCAAAGAGAAAAUCUCUGGAAAUCUCUGAGAUUAAAAUAGGAAAUCCUGGGAAAUAUCUGAGAUCUUAUCCAUAGAAAAUCCUGGGAAAUCUCUGAGAUUCAAAGAGAAAAUCCCAGGAAAUCUCUGAGAUUCAAACAGGAAAUCCUGGGAAAUAUCUGAGAUUUUAUCCCCAGAAAAUCCUGGGAAAUCUCUGAGAUUUAUCCCCAGAAAAUCCUGGGAAAUAUCUGAGAUUUACCCAUAGAAAAACCCUGGAAAUCUCUGAGAUUCAAAGAGAAAAUCUCUGGAAAUCUCUGAGAUUAAAAUAGGAAAUCCUGGGAAAUAUCUGAGAUCUUAUCCAUGGAAAAUCCUGGGAAAUCUCUGAGAUUCAAAGAGAAAAUCCCAGGAAAUCUCUGAGAUUCAAACAGGAAUUCCUGGGAAAUAUCUGAGAUUUAUCCACAGAAAAUCCUGGGAAAUCUCUGAAAUUUUAUUCAUAGAAAAUCCUGGGAAAUAUCUAAGAUUAAUCCACAGAAAAUCCUGGGAUCCUUCUGAGAUUCAAAAAGAAAAUCCCUGGAAAUCUCUGAGAUUCAUCCACAGAAAAUCCUGUGAUCCAUCUGAGAUUAAAAUAGGAAAUCCCAAGAAAUCUCUGAGAUUCAAACAGGAAAUCCUGGGAAAUAUCUGGGAUUUAUCCAUAGAAAAUCCUUGGAAAUCUCUGAGAUUUUAUCCAUAGAAAAUCCUGGGAAAUCUCUGAUAUUGUCCAUAGAAAAUCCUGGGAAAUCUUUGAGAUUUAUCCAUUAAAAUCUUGGGAUCCCUCUGAGAUUCAAACAGAAAAUCCCAAAAUCUCUAAAUUUCAAAGAGAAAAUCCCAGUAAAUCUCUGAGAUUUUGGGAUGGAGGAUUCACCCACCCACCCCCCCCCCACACAAACAAAUACAAAAAUACAAAAAAAAAGCCAUUUUUGCCUCAGGGUUCCUCCCUUUUUUGCCCCUUGGAGAAGGAAGAAUUGGGAAUUCCAGGAGAAUGGGGUGCUGAGGGAAAAAUGCCAAAAAAAAUGACUUUGCUGGGAAUGUUGCACUUUGGGCUGUGCAGGAGAGGAUGAGUUCAGUUCCCAAAUUUGGGAGAGGCUGAAAUCCCGUGGGAUGAGCUUGGAUUUUCCUUGCUGGAUUCCAGAAUUGCCAUCUGAAAAAAAGUUCUAAAAGCAGUUCAAAAAAAACAAAAAAAACUUUAAGGACAUUUUAUUUUAUUUUUUUUUCCCUUUCUGGAAUCACUGCUGGGAUGGAGAAGGAAAAUCCCUCACAUCCAAUGCUGUGCUUCCAUAAAAAAAAAAAAAAAAUUCCAUUAUUUCUCCUCCCUCCUUUUUCCUUUUAAUCCCAAAUUUCUGUUCCAUAAUCAUGGAGAGAAUUCCAGGAAUGUGAAGAGAACUGGAAAAGCAGAGGAGAACGUGCACAGGGUCUCUGGUAAUUUAUAUUUUAUUUAAAAACUGUUGAUUUUACUUGAAAGUCAAUUUGUCCAUGAUUAAAAGUUGGAUUUUUAUGAA